CGGUCAACGCGAAUAAUAUGAUCUAUGUAAAACAAUAGAUGCAAUUAUUGGAUAAUUUUCGACGUCGAGUCUUCAAAUACCUUAGAUUCGGACACAUGUCAGCGCAGUUGUCCGACAUGUUCCGCCGCGUUCCUAGGGCCGUCGCAAUCCUCCUUUUACUCGCGAGCAGCACCGCCUGUUUACGCUUUUCCGACCAUCUUCAGCAACAGCCACCGAUGGAUAAAAACUCGGACGAAGCUACCUUAAGUGUCGAUGCGGCCGUGAAGAGCUGUCUGUCUGGACCGGAAGAGUUCGUGCCGUGUCUGAACGAAAGAGCAAUGGACACAUUGGAACACGCCGAAUCUGUGGACGCGGUCAGGUUGCUCUCGGGUCUAAAGCUAACCAAGCCCGUCGAAGUCGUCGCACCCGCGCCAAGAGGAGUAUAUUCUCUCGAAGGCAACCCAUACAACGUAGGUGCUGUAAUUGAAGCAGUAUCGUCGUUGCUGUCGAGGCGUAUGUUUAACUGGGACCUCGGUGCUAUAUUUCCGGGAUUGUUAAUGCGAAUCGGUCCAUCAUUCAACAGCCAGGGCGUAAUCGACUUUAUUUUAGACCCUCGUCGGAAGUAUGUUCAAAGGAGUAUGAGCUUUGGUCACUUGUUAUUUAAGAGAAUAAUUUUGCCAAGUUUACUGUCCAUCCAUGUAAGCAUAGUAUCAAUAAUUCCAAUAGUUAUCGUAGCGUUGUUUUUUCUUGCAAAAAACGCUAUUUUGUUGUCAAAAUUUGCAUUUAUCAUCACCAGUGCAGUUGGUCAUGGAACACUUUACUCACAACAACAAAAUCAAUGGCCCGAGCCUGUAUUCGUCCACCCGCACAGAAAUGACAAAGAUUUUGACUACUACACUAAUUACCAACAAAUAUCAUCUUCUAAAACCGCUUAAAUACUUAGAAAUUUUAGUAACUACUUCACACAAAAGACAAUUAAAUUGGAUGUUUGAAACAUAUAUUAAUUCAUAAUAUAUUAUAUAGU